GGUUAGGACACAUCUACAUUCUGCAUAUAAACAACUGGGCAGGCUAAAAGUGAAACUAUUGCUAUAUAAUUGUAACUCCAAAGCAUCCUAGCAUAUUACCAGUUCAUGAACACUGAAUAUACUUGAUUCAAAAUAGAGAACAUCAUAACCAUGAAGACACUGAACGAAAUUGAUCACCUCCAAUCGUCUGGCUUUGGUAGACCCCUACCCAGACACGGCCUUCAACUCCUUCACUGGUUCUCCAACGACUAUGUCACAUUCAACAACGACAGUGAGAUGGUGACAGUGCGCAACCCUAAGGAGGAGGAGUUUGGCUUCCACCGCUUCUUCGACAAGAAAGAGGAGCAUCAUGGCCAGCUUAACCAACUGCUACCAGACCAGGGCUUACCGUACUACGAAGUGGGCAAUCUGAAAGCUGCAGGGUCUGAGAACCUACCACGUUAUGUCCGCAGAAACUACAAACGACACAAUGACGACAGCAACAUAGACAGGAUCAUCAUCAGCAUGCAGUCAGACCGUGUAUUGGACAGAAUCUACGUGACCCAACAUGAUCAUCACAGACGUGCUUUUGACCCCCAGCACACCUAUCGCAUCAGUAAGGGGUUGAUCAGUAUCAUCCGUAAUCUGGAGCUGGAUGAGCUCCUGGAGCAGACUGGAUACUCACUUCCUUGUCCUUCCUCCAUGGCCACACUUAAUGAAAUGAGACACCUCCAGUCAUCUGGCUUUGGUACACCCCGACCUAGACACGGUCUUCAUCUCCUUUACUGGUUCGCCCACAACUACGUCAAAUUCAACAAAAUGGGUGAAAUGUUGACAGUGUGCAACCCUGAGAAGAAGGUGUUUGGCUUCCACCAAUUCUUUGACAAGAUAGAGGAGCAUGAUGGCCAGUGUAACCAACUGCUACCAGACCAUGGUUUACCAUACUACGAAGUGGGCAAUCUGAAUGCCCCUGGGUCUAGGAACCUACCACGUUAUGUCCGCAAAAACCACACAGGACACGAUGACGACAGCAACAUAGACCGGAUCAUCAUCAGCAUGCAGUCAGACCGUGUAUUGGACAGAAUCUACGUGACCCAACAUGAUCAUCACAGAGGUGCUUUUGACCCCCAGCACACCUAUCGCAUCAGUAAGGGGUUGAUCAGUAUCAUCCGUAAUCUGGAGCUGGAUGAACUCCUGGAGCAGACUGGAUACUCUUAAGACUUUCCCCCCUGGCCAAGGGCAUAUAGACAGAGGCAUCGUACACAUAAUUAUUUUUUUAACCUAAUUUCUUAUGGUCAAAGUGAAAUAUUUAUUUUCUUACAAAUGUAUACUAGGCAUGGGUAUGAUAUCAUGUCUUCGAUAUUCCCCAUCCAUUAUGUGUUGUAGGAAAUUGUGAAUGUUUUUAUUUAGAUAAAGGGCCUUGUUUUCAGAUGUUUCACAUCCUGCCACGUGUUUUGCUAUUUUUCACCAACAAUUUCACCUGCAAUAUGUAUUGCCACAGUAGUCGGAACUAGGAAACUUUUAUUAUACAUGUGCCGCGUUCAACCAAUUAGCAAGUCAGAAAUGUCAGAGUUUCCUAGGUCCGACUAGCACAUGAACACGGCAUGCGUGUGAAAGUGUGUGUGUGUUUGUUUCUAAUAAAGGACAUGAUUAGUUAA